AUGUGGGAUUCGCUUCCCAACGAGUUGAAACUCCAGAUUCUGGAAUAUCUCCUUGCCCAGAAACCCGACCGUCUGGCGCCAUACACCACAUUCUGUCGACCAUGGCAACACCGCAUCGAGCCCAUCCUAUUCGAGGAAGUCACGCUUUACGUGACAACCGCCAACAUUUUGUCAGGCAAAACGACUCCAUCAACACUCGCUGACAUCAUCCGCGGUCCAAGGACACAGGACCUCAAAAAGCUGAACAUUGUCAUAGACUUUGAUCCCUCAAGUUUCGCCAUCGUCACGGACGGCCCAAGGCGCCAAGGGCAACUCUGCGCUGCCUUUACGGAUGUCAUCGACGGCACGUUCGACGCGAUGCGUGACUGGAAACGCGAGCAGGUAUUUUUCGAUCUUGAGAUCCACGAGGAGCGAUCGUGUGGUCAUCAUCUGAUACACUACGGAAGCAAGCUCGCAGAUCGGCAGGGGAAGACCAUCGACUGCGUGCGGUCUAUUCGGCACAAGGAAUACAACGCCAUUAGAUGCCGUUGCUGCUCAUUUAGAGGACUCCUAUCGAUGAUUUGCUCGACAAUGUCGAAAGAGUUGAGGGACAUUGAGUUCGGAUUCCAGCGGCGCGACAUCAGUAACCUGUCGAUCUUCGAGGAGGGAUUUGAUUUUGUCCCUUCGGGGCUGAAGUCGCUUACUGUGAGAAACUUGACCCCGAGCGGCUAUGAUCCAUAUGAUCGAAGAUACGGUUGGUUCUAUCCGUGUUCUUCGUCAAUUGUAAAAGUCAGUCGGAGCUUGGAGACACUCCAAAUUUCUGAUCCCGUUGAAAAUAUCUUGGGUGGCAGGUUUGGGGACAUCCCUAACGCUCCUAAUCUUCCAUGGUGGCCGAACCUAAGGUCCCUCUCCGUAACAUCAACGCGGCUGAGAGACUUUGCGUCCGACGCUCAAGCUGAACUGGAUUAUAUGGCAGAGGUCGCCGAGAGAAUGCCAUAA